AAACGUGUCAGUGAAAGGUCAAAGCAGAUUUUCGGAAGUUCUCUGACCUCAUUAACAGCGUAAAGGAACCCAAAAGUAAAAAUGGCGCCUCCCAUAGCAUUGAGAGGUUCUGAUGGGAUAUGGAUGGUCAAUGGACCCCCAAACCUUGGAUCCAGACCAGAUUUUCCAGAAGAUAAGAGUAAAUGGUGCAAAGUUCUAGCAUUCAGUCGGGAUGGUUCUCUGAUGAGUUGGUGUAAUGGAGAGAAAACAGUAGUACUGAGAACGUCUGAUUUCAAACAGUUAGCACAAAUUGAUAAAGCCAAAGUCAACUGCCUGAAUUUUUCUCCAAAAGGAACAAUACUAGCAUUGUGGGAGAACUACACUGUAAACAAAGAAACAAACCAGGGGAACCCCAAUCUCCACCUGUAUAAUGCACAAACAGGGGACCUUAUCAAAAGUCUGAUCCAGAAGAAACAGAGCAACUGGGACCCUAAGUGGACAGAUGACGAGGGAAUCUGCUGCAGAAAUGUCAACAAUGAACUCCACUUCUUCGAAGGAAAUGAAUUUGAUGCCAUCAAAACAAAGUUACACAUACAGAAAGUGUCCAGCUUUGCCCUAGCAGUGAGUGGCCCACCAUACCACAUAGCUGGAUAUGUCCCAGGGUCAAAGGGCCAGCCCUCUUUUGUCAGAAUUUACAGAUAUCCAAAUUUUGCGGGGCCUCAGGCAGCUCUAGCAAAUAAAAGUUUCUUUAAAGCGGACGACGUUCAGAUGAAGUGGAACAAGGCGGGGUCUGCUCUCUUGGUUCUCACUUCUACGGAGUCCUCAGAUAAGAGUUACUAUGGCGACCAGGGACUUCAUUUCAUGGCAACCAAUGGAGAGUGUAGUCUUGUCAAUCUGUCAAAGAAUGGUCCUAUUUACCACAUUGAAUGGAGCCCCCGGUCUACAGAAUUUGUUGUUGUCUAUGGCUUUAUGCCUGCCAAGGUGAGCUUAUUUAAUCUGAAAGCAGAGCCCAUAUUUGACUUUGGAACUGGUCCCAGGAAUCUGGCCUACUUCAACCCACAUGGAAAUGUUUUAUGUUUGGCUGGCUUCGGCAAUCUUCGAGGUAACUUGGAAUUCUGGGAUAUGAGAUCCAGGAAGCUGAUGUCACAGACCCAGUCCCCGGAUACCACCAGUUUUGAGUGGUGCCCUGACGGGGAACAUAUCCUUACUGCCACCACAUCACCAAGAUUACGGGUUGCUAAUGGAUACCGGGUCUGGCAUUGUUCUGGUAAAAUGCUGCAGCAGGUUUUGGUUGACAAGGAAAAAGAAUUAUGGGAAGCCGUAUGGCAGCCAGCAGCAGAAGGUGUUUAUCCUACUCCUGCCGUAACAGCAGGCAGCGUAACUGCGGCAGCAGCACAAUCUCCGCCUGAACCAAAAGUGCAAGCGUACCGGCCCCCACAGGCAAGGGGGACAUCAGCCUCUAUAAAACUCCAUGAAUACGAAGCGCCUUCUGAUCCAAAUAAAAAAGUCUCACAAGAUCCUAAUAAACCUCUGACAAAGAAUCAAAAGAAGAGAGAGGCCAAAAAAGCUAAGGCACAGCAGGAUGGACAGGUCAGACCUGAGUCGUCCACGCCAGCAGCUUCCUCCAGUGUGUCCCAGCCGUCUGCCUUCCCGUCAUCGGGAGACGUAGAGAAGGAUAAAAGAAUCAGGAAUCUCAAAAAGAAAAUUCAGCAAGUAGAAAAGUUAAAAGAACAACAAAAAUCUGGAAAACAGUUGGAACUUAAUCAGAUUGAAAAAAUUAAAACAGAGGAGUCUCUUCUUAAAGAGUUAGCUGCCCUUGAAGUCAGCUGAUGCAGCCAUUUUAGGAGUUUAUGAUAUCUCUGUGAACACAUUUCAGUGGCAGUCUACAUUGAAAAUAUGAUAUCACGUAACCUGUGUUUCUAAUAAGGAUUGUGUUAAAAUGAAUUUCUAAGCCCUGGGUAUAAUUGAUUUGAGAGAUUUUUCUGAGAAAUGGUGAAGUGCCAAAUCUCUGUGAUAUUCAGUAUAAUAUACAAUGAUUGAAGAAGGUUUAUUUGUUAAUCCUUUAAAUAUACAUGUAUGUUCUUCUGUUUUUUUUUCUUUUUAAUUACAUUAGAUUGAGUGCGAUCAAAAAAAAAAUUAAUUAUAUUAUAAAUGAAAUGAGAUUUUCCU